AUGGCUCCCAAAGUUGCUGAGAAAAAGCCCGCUUCCAAGGCCCCCGCUGGCAAAGCCCCUCUGACCGACAAGAAGGAGGCUGGCAAGAAGACCACCUCUCACGAUAAGAAGAAGCGUCACAAGGGCCGCAAGGAGACCUAUUCUUCUUACAUCUACCGUGUCCUCAAGCAGACCCAUCCCGACACCGGUAUCUCCACCCGUGCCAUGUCUAUCAUGAACUCUUUCGUCAACGAUCUGUUCGAGCGUAUUGCCACUGAGGCCUCCAAGCUCGCUGCCUACAACAAGAAGUCUACUAUUGCUUCUCGUGAGAUUCAGACCGCUGUUCGUCUCGUCCUUCCCGGUGAGUUGGCCAAGCACGCCAUUAUGGAUGGUACCCGUGCUAUCACUAAGUACACCUCCUAA